CUCUCCCUUAUAAGUUAUAACACAUUUCAUUUCAUUUCCGAAUAACAAGAGUUAAUGGCCCUCGCUUUCACUUCUUCGAUUUCCGCACCAUCUUCCCCCUUCCCAUCAUCACACCCUAACCCUAAACAACUUCCGCAAAUUGGAUCAAUUAGGAUUUCAGAGAGGCCCAAUGGAGCCGCGGUUAAUUUUAAUUUCGCUCAAAGACGGAGCUUCCUAAAGCCCGUUAAUGCCGAAUCGCCACGCAAGGAUUCCCUGGUUCCUCUUGCAGCAACCGUCCUUGCUUCCGAGACAAAAGAGGAAAAUUUUGAACAAAUAGCAACUGAUCUUGAGAAUGCUUCACCUCUUGAAAUCAUGGAUACAGCCCUCGCCAAAUUCGGCAACCACAUAGCCAUUGCCUUCAGUGGUGCUGAAGAUGUUGCUUUGAUUGAGUAUGCACGAUUGACGGGUCGACCCUUUAGGGUUUUCAGUUUGGACACUGGGAGACUGAACCCGGAAACUUAUCAAUUAUUUGAUGCGGUUGAAAAGCAUUAUGGAAUCCACAUCGAGUACAUGUUCCCUGAUGCUGUUGAGGUUCAGGCAUUGGUGAGGAGUAAGGGAUUGUUCUCGUUUUAUGAGGAUGGUCAUCAAGAGUGCUGCAGGGUGAGGAAGGUGAGGCCCUUGAGGAGGGCCCUUAAGGGUCUCAGAGCAUGGAUAACGGGUCAGAGAAAAGACCAGUCACCUGGUACUAGGUCCGAAAUACCGGUUGUUCAGGUUGAUCCUGUUUUUGAGGGAAUGGAUGGUGGAAUUGGCAGUUUGGUGAAGUGGAACCCGGUUGCUAAUGUGAAGGGAAAUGACGUAUGGAACUUCCUUAGGACCAUGAAUGUGCCUGUGAAUUCCUUGCAUUCAAAAGGAUAUGUUUCAAUUGGGUGUGAGCCCUGCACAAGGCCUGUUUUGCCUGGACAACAUGAAAGGGAAGGAAGGUGGUGGUGGGAGGAUGCCAAAGCCAAAGAAUGUGGUCUUCACAAAGGAAAUAUAAAGCAGGGGGAGGAUGCUAAUGCUCACCUUAAUGGAAAUGGGAAUGGGGUAUCCCAAUCUCAGGCUAAUGGUGCUGCCGCAGUGCCUGACAUUUUCAAUAGCCAUAAUGUGGUUAACUUGAGUAGGACUGGAAUUGAGAAUUUGGCAAAAUUGGAGAACCGGAAAGAACCAUGGCUUGUUGUGCUUUAUGCACCAUGGUGCCCCUACUGCCAGGCAAUGGAGGAAUCUUAUGUUGAGUUGGCGGACAAGUUAGAAGGGUCAGGGGUGAAGGUUGGAAAAUUUAGAGCGGAUGGAGAGGAGAAAGAAUUUGCAAAACGUGAAUUGGAAUUGGGAAGCUUCCCCACGAUAUUAUUUUUCCCAAAGCAUUCGUCUCGCCCGAUAAAGUAUCCCUCAGAGAAGAGAGAUGUUGAUUCCUUGAUGGCUUUUGUAAAUGCCUUGAGAUGAGGACUGUCAUGAAAUUUUUUCUUUUUUGGGUUUGCAAUUCAAGUGUGAGCAUACGUACAGGCUCCUUCUUUACACGGUAUACCAUUCAUUCAUUCACAGAUUCUUCCGAUAACUAGUUAGAAGUGAAAAUGGCGGGUUUGAUUCUAGUCUAUACAAAUAAGAUCCUCAGUUUUGAAUAGUUUUACUUUUAGACCAUCUUGCUAUGGUGGUAUUGUGAUAGUCUGUAGGGGAGUAAUUGAUUUUCUUCUUUUCUAGAUGAAUGAUUUAUUUAUGAUUAGACAAUGCUUAUGUGAGUUUUUCCAUUAUGAAUAUAUCGAGAUAUACUUCAUUAAUAGCUA